GUGUCACCGGCAAUAACUCCCUGCCGCGCGCUGCUGACACUGUCACCGGAAGUGGGAUGCUCAGGCCGCCUUCCUAAAUACGCCUACCCACCACCCUCGGCCUGGCCUCCCUCAAUUAUACGGGGAGCCAGCCCCGGCCUCAGAGGGUAUGUAAAUGCGGUCGUCGUCGUCUUCCAAAUCACAGCUCGGGACAGCGAGGAGGAGCAGGAGCAGCGGGGGCGGCCUGCCAUGUCGUCUUCGUCCAUGGCGCGGCACGGCCCGUCGAGGGCCGGCGAGGCGUGGUUCUGCACCACCGGGCUGCCCAGCGACGUCGUCUUCGAGGUGCAGGACAUGAGCUUCCACCUCCACAAGUUCCCGCUCAUGUCCAAGAGCCGCAAGAUCAGCCGCAUGCUUGCCGAGCAGGACGAGCAGCGUCCGCCGGGCCAGCCGCGGCGUCGGCGGCGUGGGAGCUCCGGAGGCAAUGCCGAGGAGCAUGCUGCUCCUGCUGCGGCGGCGGAAACAGAGAUUGAGGAAGCAGAGGAGGAGGACGGGGACGAGGAACAGCUGCAGGUUAGUAUGGAGGACGGCAAGUCGUACCGCAUCACUUUCCCGGACUUCCCCGGUGGGCCGGGCACCUUCGAGGCGGCGGCCAAGUUCUGCUAUGGCGUCCGCGUCGAACUCACGCCCUGGAACGUCGCGCCGCUGCGGUGCGCGGCCGAGUACCUGGAGAUGACCGAGGAGCACUCCGAGGACAACCUGGCCGCGCGCGCAGAGGCCUACCUUUCGCAGGCCGUGCUCCGCCACCCCGGCGAGGCCACCAAGGCGCUCAAGUCCUGCGAGGACCUGCUGCCGCACGCCGAGGAGCUCGGCAUUGUCGCCCGCUGCGUGGAGGCCAUCGCCGCGCGCUCGUCGGCGACGUCGCGCUCCUGGUUCGGCGACCUGGCCGUGCUCGGCCUGCACAUGUACAAGCGGGUGAUGGCGGCCAUGGCCGCGCGCGAGGACGUGAGGACCGAGGCUUUGGAGGGCUGCCUCGUGUCCUACGCCAAGGCCACCCUCCCCGGGCUGUCGAGGUCCAUGAGGUGGCGCCGCGCGUCCGCGCCGGUGUCGUCGGAGGUGGAGCAGAGAGACCUCCUGGAGGCGGUGGUCGCCAGCCUCCCCGCGGACAAGGGCUCGGGGAGCGUGGUGACCGCGAAGUUCCUGUUCGCGCUGCUGCGGACGGCGCACAUCCUGCGCGCUUCGGACGCGGCGCGCGCCGCGAUCGAGCGGAAGGCCGCGACGCAGCUGGAACAGGCAACAGUGGAGGACGUGCUCAUCCCGAGCUACUCCGGCGCUGCGGAGACGCUCUACGACGUGGACUGCGUCGAGCGGGUGGUCAGGCACUUCCUGGCCGAGGAGGAGGUCGGCGAGGACGAGGCGUCGUCGUCAGCCGCAAUCACCGAGGAGGAAGCGGCGGCGAGGACGACGGCGUCGCGCCCGUCGGCCGUGGCAAUGACGCAGGUGGGCAAGCUGGUGGACAACUACCUGGCAGAGGUCGCGUCCGACGCCAACCUGAAGCCAGCCAAAUUCUGCGAGCUCGCGCUGGCAAUGCCGGACCACGCCCGCAUCUACGACGAUGGCGUCUACCGCGCCGUCGACAUCUACCUCAAGGCGCAUCCGCGGCUGACGACGGAGGAGCGGGACAGGGUGUGCGGCGUGGUGGACUGCCGGAAGCUGACGGUGGAGGCGUGCACGCACGCGGCGCAGAACGAGCGGCUCCCGCUGCGCGCGGUGCUGCAGGUGCUCUUCUUCGAGCAGCUGCAGCUCCGGCGCGCCAUCACGGGCACGCUGCUGGCGUCCACGGCUUCCCCGCGAGCACGGCAUCCGCAGCCGCAGCCGGCGGCGGCGGCGGUGCGUCACGCGGCUGGCCCGAGCGAGGCGUGGCGGACGACGACGGUGCAGGAGAGCCAGACGCUGCGGCUGGACAUGGACGGCAUGAGGACCCGCGUGCAGGGCCUCGAGAGGGAGUGCUCCAGCAUGCGGCGGGCGAUCAAGAAGAUCGACGGCCGCGGCGGCACCGCGUCGCCCAGCAGCGCCAGCAGCCCGGACGCGGCCGCCCCGGCGGGCUGGCGGUCGCGGUACCGGUGCAAGUUCAGCACGCAGGUGUGCGACUCUCAGGCGCGCGACGCGGUCGUGUCCAGGGCGUCCAGAAUGGGGAUGAGCCCGUGACCGACCGAACCAUGAUGGUGUACACAGUGCACUGGUGCGCAGGAUGAUCGGCGCCAUCUCCCAUUCCGUUCGAACGCGACAUGUUUUUCACGAUCAGGGAAGAGCUCGACACUCGAGAUGAAAAUGGCUGAGACUUGAGUUGUCACGGGUAGCCAGACGAGAGAGAGUGAAGACCCGAGAUCGAGCGCGGCAAAAAUUUGUCACCCCUUGUCAUCUUGUCCGUAUGACGGACCCGAUUCGUGUGACCACUGCCAAUUGCGUGGGCAGCAGCAACAGGGGUUGUUCAUGUGCUGUGUCUGUACGAUAUGCUUAGCUUGUGUGCGCUGUGAUUAUGGCCUUUGCACCUUGUGAUGUGGUGGCAGUUUAUACGGCAUUGGUGUCCUGUUGUGCACGAAGCGUGCCUUCUGUCUUGGCUGGUAUUGUUUCAUCAUUAGCUGUUUCUACUAGGAUUGAGGAGUGCAUGCCGUGUUGUUUCGAAAGCCUCGCACAACAUUGCCUACAGGAAGAAUGUCUUCAGGUA